AUGCACGCCGGAAAUCACAGUAUGGAGGACAUUGUGACGGUCGCCAGCACGAGCACACCAACCACGAACACCGUUCAGCCCAGCGUAAACGACAUGGACUGGUUUGCCGGUGUGGCCGAGGAGGAAUUGCUGUACUACACGGGUGUCGGGAACGACGUCGACUCACUUUGGGCUGUGAUCGGGAGCUUCGUGCCACCGCCGCCUAGGCCGCCUUAUUUACCAGAGGAGGGUGUUACCACCGACGGGCUCACCACCUGUGAUUUGUGCUCGUGGGCGUGGAGGAACGACAGGCAUUCCUUUUCCCUCGACGGCACUCUUGAAGCUCCUGGAGAACUUGGAUGGGUGCUGACUCUAGUGAUAGUGUCGUUAGUAUCGGCUGGUAUCGGCGCUGUGGUUAUGGUGACGCUUCUUCACUGUCGAAGACUGAAAAGCACCGGUGGAAGAGCGAGUUGCUGUAGCGUCGGCGUCGAGGACUCGAACGCUCAGGAAGCCGGUGGCCCAGGUGGCGGAGGCGGAGCAGGCGGUGGAGUGGCCGUUAUACCCGACCGGCCGCCCCUUGAACUCGAUAAACUGCCGCCUUAUCACGAUGUCGCUCCUAGUCCUGGGCACAAUGUGUGGUCGUGGUUAGGCUCGCGACGCGGCGGCGGUACACCGGGAGUCGUCACGACACCCCUGUCGCUUCCGCAACACAGACGGGCGAUGAAUCUCCCGGUGGAGAACCACUACACCCACAUGCAAACGGACGAGGCUCUGUACGCAGAACUGGACUCUCAGGCCGCGAGCUACGCGAGCGAUCUUCAGCUACAAAUGAGAGGAAGCUCGACGUACGGUACAACUUCCGGCGGUCAGGACGACGAGUACCACGAGCUAGACGCCGCGAGGUUACAUCGUCAUUACGGUGGUAGCAACGGUGACGGAUCAUUACAAAGGGACACGCUUCGUACGCGGCACAGUAAAAGGUUACAAGAACCGGAUUACGAGAUGUACGAGAAUGGACCAUCGACGCCUGUUCCGCCAGGUCAGAUGCAACAUCAUCAUCAUCACCAUCACCAUCACAAUCACCAUCAUCAUCACCAGGACCUGCGGAUCGGUAGCAGAAACGGCGAUCAUCCGUCGUACCAAAACACAGCGUACACCGGAAGCGACGCGGAACCGGAUGGUCCAACUUUGAGCAGCGCGCCAAGCAGCGCUUACUACAGCGACCUGAGCUCGAAUUCAGCGAAUCAACAGAUGCCCGCAGCUGCGUCUUCAGGGAAUAACACGAAUAUCCAUCUGAAUCCGCAGGGUCUGGAAACGCCUCAGUAUCGACUGGCGGCGAUAAACGAGAGCUCGGUGCCUUCGGACUAUAUCUAG